GAGUACUUGCGCUUUAUUAUAAAUGCUUGAAAUUGGAGGGAUAGAUUAAGAAUAGUGUUUGACAUUGACAUUUUACAAGUUGACAUGCUAUUUAAUUGUCUAUGCUGUGUAUUUCUAUAAUUUUUCUUUCUAAAAGUUGUGAACAUGGCGCGAGCACCACCAGCUGCGGCGAAAAAAGAAAAAAAGGAGAAGAAGGUACCUAAAGACAAAUCGAAAAAUGUUAUGAGAAAUCUUCAUAUCAGGAAACUGUGUCUGAACAUCUGUGUAGGAGAAUCUGGUGAUAGGCUUACUCGUGCUGCUAAGGUGUUGGAACAGCUUACUGGUCAGCAACCUGUGUUCUCAAAGGCUCGCUAUACUGUGCGUUCCUUUGGUAUUCGUCGUAAUGAAAAAAUUGCUGUCCACUGUACUGUCCGUGGCGCUAAAGCAGAGGAAAUCCUUGAAAGAGGUUUGAAGGUCAGAGAAUAUGAAUUGAGACGUGACAACUUCUCAGCCACUGGAAACUUUGGAUUUGGUAUUCAAGAACACAUUGAUCUUGGCAUCAAGUAUGAUCCCUCCAUUGGUAUCUACGGUUUGGAUUUCUAUGUUGUUCUUGGGCGACCUGGGUUCAAUGUUGCUCACAGAAGACGUAAGACUGGCAAGGUUGGGUUCGCUCAUCGCUUGACAAAAGAGGAUGCCAUGAAGUGGUUCCAACAGAAGUACGAUGGUAUCAUUCUUAACAGCAAAAAGUAAAUUAAGUAAAAAACAUACAUAAAUG